AUGUUUCCUACACUCGUGUCUCGCGCGACCGGCGCACUCCUGUUAGGGAGUAGCUUGGUGCACGCUCUCGAUUUGGAUCUGACUUCUACACAAUCGAUCAAAGACACGGCUGCCACAAUAGCCUACGACAUGAUGACAUACUACAAGGGAAACACAAGUGGAGGCAUCAUUGGAGUUUUACCUGGUCCUCCGCCUAAUCCCACUUGGGGAUAUUACUGGUGGGAAUCUGGGGCUAUGUGGGGUACUAUGAUCGAUUAUUGGCAUUAUACUGGCGAUACUUCGUACAACGAUGUGACUGCGGCGGGUAUUCAAUGGCAGGUGGGAGAGAACGACGACAUGAUGCCCUCGAAUUGGUCGCAGUCUAUGGGAAAUGAUGAUCAAGGCUUUUGGGGAAUGACGGCCAUGUCUGCGGCAGAGACGAAUUUCCAGAACCCAGCUUCAAAUCAGCCAUCGUGGCUUUCUUUGGCACAAGCAGUCUUCAAUACACAGGCAGUCAGACCGGAUGCUACUUGCGGCGGAGGCCUCCGGUGGCAGGUGUACCCUUACUUGACCGGAUACGACUACAAGAACUCCAUUGCCAAUGGCUGCUUUUUCAAUCUUGGAUCGAGGUUAGCACGCUAUACCAACAAUGCUACAUACGCUCAGUAUGCGGAAAAGACCUGGGAUUGGAUUCAGAGUGUUGGUUUAAUGGACGCCAAUUACAACAUCUAUGAUGGUGCUCAUAUCGAAACUAAUUGCACGGAUAUCAACAAGGUCCAGUUCUCCUACAACAUGGGAGUUUGGCUACUUGGGGCAGCGAAUAUGUAUAACUUUACAAAUGGCAGUGCAAUCUGGGAAUCACGGGUCAACCUGCUUCUCAAUUCGACCUUCAAUACAUUCUUCCCAGACGACAUCGCCUACGAAGUGGCCUGCGAACCCAAAUUGACCUGUACAACCGACAUGUAUUCCUUCAAAGCAUACCUCUCCCGCUGGCUCGCGGCAACGACAUUCGUCGCCCCUUUUACUCAUGACCUCAUCAUGCCCAAACUUCAAGCAUCCGCCAAGGCAGCUGCAGCACAAUGUGUGGGAGGCACCAAUGGUCGAACAUGCGGUCUUUCUUGGUCAAAAGCUCCAGCGUGGGAUGGCACUUCAGGUGUUGGCCAGCAGAUGGCAGCCAUGAGCGUUAUCUUUGUCAAUCUCCUCCCGCUUCAAGCCGUUGGUGCACCCCUCACGAAUACAACGGGUGGUACGUCCGUUGGUAAUCCUAAUGCUGGAUCUCAAUCGGUGGCCAACCCGGAAGCGAUCAAGCCUGCAACAGAAGGAGACCGAGUGGGCGCAGGUAUUCUGACAACCAUAGUACUUGUUGGUGCUACCGGCAUGUUUGGAUGGAUGAGCUUAUAG